UUGAAAACACGUUUGAAGCAAUAACCAACGUUUAACAGAACGAAACCCUAAAUUGCUUUCUGCAAGCUUCCUUCGAAUUGCGAUCAUGGCGGAGCACUUGGCAUCGAUCUUCGGCACCGAGAAAGACAGAGUCAACUGCCCUUUCUACUUCAAGAUCGGCGCCUGCCGCCACGGCGACCGCUGCUCGCGCCUCCACACAAAACCAAGCAUCAGCCCAACGCUGCUACUCUCCAACAUGUACCAGCGUCCGGACAUCGUCACCCCCGGCGUCGACGCCCAGGGUCAGCCCAUCGACCCCCGCAAGAUCCAAACCCACUUCGAUGACUUCUACCAAGACCUCUUCGAUGAACUCUCCAAGUACGGUCGACUUCAAACGCUCAACGUUUGUGAUAAUCUCGCUGAUCACAUGGUUGGUAAUGUUUAUGCUCAGUUCAGGGAGGAAGAACACGCUGCUGAGGCGCUUAAGAAUCUCACUGGAAGAUUUUAUGCUGGAAACCCGAUUAUUGUGGACUUUUCUCCUGUAACAGACUUCCGUGAGGCUACUUGCAGGCAGUAUGAGGAGGAUUCUUGUAACCGGGGAGGCUAUUGCAACUUUAUGCACUUGAAAAAAAUUAGCAGGGAAUUGAGGCGUGAGUUGUUUGGGAUGGACAACCGUGGCAGGCAUGGCCGAAGCAGGAGUCCUGACAGGCAUCGAAGCAACGAGGACCGCUCUCCUCGUGGUCAUAGCAGAAAAUAUGAUGAAAGGAGUCAUCACCAUGAAAGUCGUGGCAGGAGACGCAGGAGCAACAGCCCUGGCCAUCGGAGAGGAAGAAGUCGAAGUCCUCGUGGAAGUAGGGAGCGCAGACCAGCCAGGGAUGGCAGUGAAGAGAGACGUGCCAGAAUUGAGCAAUGGAACAGGGAGAGGGAAGAGCAAAAACAUGAAAGUAAAGUUAGUACUGAGGAAAACAAUGCUGGUAACAAUGGGCAUGUGCAAGAUAGUAAUGAGCAAUGGAACAGGGAAAGGGAAGAGCAAAAACAUGAAAGUAAAGUUAGUACUGAGGAAAACAAUGAUGGUAACAAUGGGCAUGUGCAAGAUGGUAACGAGCAUCAUGAUUAUCAGCAGCAACAGCAACAACCUCUGGAAGGAGGAUAUGAUUACUGAUCAUGUUAUGUUCUGGUGGUACAGGUGCACUGUUCUGUCAUAUGUUCAGGUACCUUGCAUCUAAUAACAACCGAUCCACAUAUUUAAUUGCAGUUUACCAUGGGAUUUGUGUACAGGUUUUGGGGUGCGCUAUGGAAGGAUGUUUUAGUACGACCUUUCAGGUUACUGUUAUGUUGGUGAUCUUCAAAAGCACUUUAAGGUGGCAAGCAAUCUCCUAGGAUGAGUUUGUAGGUGCAUAUCAGUUUUGUUCUCAUGGCAUGUUGAGGGAGAUGACUUCAUUUGUUUUUGUUUUCUAGCAUAUUAGGAUGCGUUCUUACUAUGUAAGCCUUGACUGGCAUUUGAACUCGAUUAUUUUGUAGUUGUGAGUGUAACAUUGUGCUUUUGUGAGGAGCUUAGAACUUAUUAAACAAACAUGCAGAUCGCCUUUAAUCUA